AUGUUUCCUUCUAGCAACCAUACAAUGCUCUCCAAAUCCUCCACGAAUUAUCAUAAUGAAAGCCCUAAUCCAUCCUUCCUGCACUUCCCUGCAGAGCCCUUCCUUGUCAAUGAUGAUGAACUGCUCAUGACUCACUUCUUGUCACACCAUAAUUUCUCCAUAGUUCCACCCCAGACCGAAGUUAACCACAGGCCGAACGCCGAUGCCGCAGCCGAGCCCCUACCAAGAAAGAAGGGCACCGGUGGCAGGAAGUCAGCUCCGCGGAAGAGAACUGGCAAGAAGGACCGGCACAGCAAGAUCUGCACGGCCAAAGGGCCGAGGGACCGGAGAAUGAGGCUGUCUCUUCAGAUUGCCCGAAAGUUUUUCGAUCUCCAAGACAUGUUAGGGUUUGACAAGGCCAGCAAAACAAUUGAGUGGCUCUUCACCAAGUCGAAGGCAGCGAUCAAGGAACUCACCGGAAACCUCGCCCAGGUAAAGCACAUUGCCACUGGCAGCGGCAACGGUGGUGGCGGUGGCAGUGGAGGAAGCGGCAGCAGGGGGAAGAGUUCCAGGUCGUGUUCGUCGGAGUGCGAAGUUGUUUCGAGCAUCCAGGAGGCUGCAGCCCAUCAUGGAGAGCACAAAAGGGGAAUUGAGGAAAAUGGUGAAUCCUCCAUGAAUGAGAAAAACAAGAAAAUACUUCGGAAAGUGGCGUAUGAUCCUCUCGCAAGAGUGUCCAGGGAGAUGGCAAGAGCAAGGGCUAGGGAGAGAACUAAAGAGAAAAUGAAAAUAAGAACUCUUGAGAAAUCAAAACAUUGUUGUGAAGUAAACCCUAAUGCUAAUCCUCCCUUUGAGGCUGCAGGGGGCGAUGAAGAUCAAAUCGGAAUAAGCCAAGAAGUGGAAGAACCCAGCACUGACUUGCUAGAACAUCAAAUGGCCACUGUGGGAAUCAUUGAGAAAUUUUUGGGCAUGACAAGCUCCUCAAAAUCGUCUCUGAUUUUCGAUCAUCAGCCCCAUGUUGCAGUCUCGAGUGGGGUAAAUGCCGGGAAUAUUGAUUUUCCAGGUUUUUCGGGGGAAUGGAACAUGAUCAACAAGUCAAGAAACCACUCUUGUUACGGCAAUGCAAUGGCAACCAUGAACUCAUUGAUCCCAGGUAGCAACCAAGAAGAAAACCCUAGUUCAAUUUAUAUGGCUACUGCCUCAAGCAUUCGCUUGCAGUCCCAGCUUCUUCAGGACCAUCAAGCUGAUAAUUUGCCUGGCAAAAAUCACAAUCUAUAUUGA